AUGGCUCUGGACACCAAGCUGAAGGACCUGCUGUGGAAAACGCUGCAAGAUCUGGGGGAAGACGACUUCCAGGCCUUCAAGUUCCACACGCACCUGCCUCAAAGCGUACAAGAACAUGCCAAUCGGGAAAAAAUUGUCGACCAGCUGGAGAAGACUCACGGCGAGAAUGCUCCGGAUGAGACCAUCAAGAUUCUGAAGAAGAUCGGUAACAACAACUUGGCCAAGAUGCUGGACAGUGGCAUGCUGGAAAUAAAAGGUACCGUCUUCUCUAUCGAUGAUGAUGAACUGAUUGCCAGAUUGAAGGCAGACCUGCAAGACAACCUGCAGAGUCUAUACAGUUUUGUUCCCGAGGGUAAUGCUGAGCGCUGCGAGCAGCAGCCUCUAGCUGACGUCUACACGGAGCUUUACGUCACCUACGGGGCCGACGUCAGCCCUGACGAACGACACGAGGUCCUUCAGAUGGAGACACGCGCUGCGGCCAAGAAGUCUAUCCAGCCCUGCGACAUUUUCAAAAGCGCUGAUGGGAAGCCGCGGCCAAUUCGCACGCUGCUCACCGUUGGCUUUGCGGGUAUCGGAAAAACUUUUCUGGUGCGAAAGUUUGCGCUGGAAUGGGCCAGAGGGAAUACCAACCGGGACCUCCACUUCAUAUUUCCACUUACCUUCCGCGAGUUGAACAUGGACAAAGAGAAGAGCUUUACGUUGGCCCAGUUGAUCCGACGCUACGUCAGUGAGAGCAGGCACAUGAGCGAGGAGACGCUGAACAAAAUCUUUGCCAGCCUACAGUCAUCUGGGAAGCAGGAUUAUGAAAGCAGCAGGAUCAAGAUCUUGUUUGUCCUGGAUGGACUGGAUGAAUGCAGCUUCAAAAUGCAGUUGGAGAACGUGACCAAAGUGGAUAUUGACGUGAAGGAGGCCUACCCACUGGAGGUGCUCCUGGCACACCUUGUCAAGAGAAACCUGCUUCCCUGCGCCCGGGUUUGGAUCACCACGCGGCCCGCGACGGUCCGCAAUAUCCCCUCUGACCUCAUCGACAGUAGAACAGAAGUGAGAGGAUUCAGCGAUUCCCAGAGGCUGGCGUACUUCAGGAAAAGGUUCCCAAAUGAAGAGCGCGUCAUUAAGCACAUUGAGAAAUCUCGCACCAUCUUCAUCAUGUGCCACUUGCCCAUUUUCUGCUGGCUCACUGCCACAGUGCUUCAGGAUCAUUUGGACAAUGGGAAGGAGGGAGAGCUUCCCAAAACGCUGACUGACAUGUACACAUACUUUGUGUUGUACCACUUCCUAAAGUCCAAGGAGAAACUUAAUAUGGAGAUUAUCCAUUACGUGAAAGCGCUAGCAAAGCUGGCAUUUCACCACACGAUGAAAAAGAGUCAGAUCUUCUAUGAGAAGGAUCUGGUGGACAGUGGCUUUGAUUACUGCCAAGCCCACUGUGGUUUGUUCACUGAGGUGUUUAAGGAGGUCCAUCCGCUAAGGAGAAACCUUCAAGGCAAGAUGUUUCAGUUCGUCCAUCUCACCAUCCAGGAGUAUCUGGCCGCACUGUACGUGAUGAUGUGCUUCUUCCAAGACAACAAGAAUAUAUUGGACGAUUCAGGAUGGAAAGAGUAUUUCAUUCCUUUUAUGCCGAAGACAAUCACUGAGGUCCACCAGUCAGCUCUCCACAAAGCCUCUCAGAGUGAAGGAAACCUUGACCUGUUCCUUCGCUUCCUCUUUGGCAUUUCAUUGCAGUGCAACCAGGAACUAGUGGGAGAACUGCUGAAGGCUCCUAAGGACUUUGGGCAAAGCAAGUCAGACACAGUUGAGUUGCUCAAAAAAACGAUCAAACGGAACACCCCAGAGAAGAACAUUAACUUGUUCUACUGCCUAAACGAACUUAAAGAUGACUCCUUGCUGAAGCAGAUCCAGCAGGAACUACGCUCAGGACGUCUGUCCUGGCGUGACAUGCCAAAUGACAUGUGGUCUGCCCUGGCCUUCUUCUUACUGACUGACGACGAAACGAUGAAUUCCUUUGACCUAAAGAAGUACUCCGCAUCUGCGGCGGGGCUGGAGAUGCUGCUGUCGGUGGUCAAGGCUUCUCAAAAAUCAUUGCUAAAUGAAUGUCACCUGGACAAAAGCAGCUGUCACCUGCUUGCCUGCCUUCUCAGAUCUCCAUCCAACCUGAGGCAUCUGGACCUGAGCCUCAACGACCUGUCGGAUGAGGGGGUAGAAAUCCUCUCAAAAGGACUGGCCAGCCCAAACUGCAUCUUAAAAGUCCUCAGGUUGCAAUGGUGCCAAAUCACGAAGCGAGGAUGUGUUUCAUUGGCCGAGGCUCUAAAGAUAAACCCUUCCCAUCUUCAAGAGCUGGCCCUGAGUGGCAAUGACCUGUUUGACGAGGGGGUUGAGAUUCUCUCGAAAGGACUGGCCAGCCCAGACUGCAUCCUAAAAGUCCUUGAGCUGUCAGGCUGCAAGAUCACAAAGCGAGGAUGUGUUUCAUUGGCCGAAGCUCUCAAAUUAAAACUCCCCCAUCUUCAAGAGCUGGACCUGAGCGAAAACAACCUGACGGACGAGGGGGUCCAGAUUCUGUCAAAAGGACUGGCCAGCUCACACUGCAUUUUAAAAUUCCUCAGGUUGCAAUGCUGCGGGAUCACGAAGCGAGGAUGCGUUUCACUAGCCAAAGCUCUCAAGUUAAACCUCUCCCAUCUUCAAGUGCUGGACCUGAGCGACAAUGAUCUGUUUGACGACGGGGUCAAGAGCCUCUUCCAAGGACUGGCCAGCCCAGACUGCAUCUUAAAAGUCCUCAGGCUGAGACAUUGUGGCAUCACAAAGCGAGGAUGCGUUUCAUUGGCUGAAGCGAUUAAAAUAAACCCGUCCCAUCUUCAAGAGCUGGAUCUGAGCAAAAACGACCUGUUGGACGCAGAUGUAGGGAUCGAGAUCCUCUCGAAAGGACUAGCCAGCCCAGACUGCAUCUUAAAAGUCCUGAAGCUCUCACGGUGCAUGAUUAUGGAGAAAGGAUGCGUUUCAUUGGCCCAGGCUCUAAAGAUAAACCUUUCCCAUCUUCAAAAGCUGGACCUGAGCUACAACGAUCUUUCAGACGAGGGGGUCAAGAUCCUCUCGCAAGGAUUGGGCAACCCAGACUGCAUCUUAAAAGUCCUCAAUCUAUCACAUUGCAUGAUCAUGGAGAAAGGCUGCGUUUCAUUGGCCGAGGCUCUAAAGGUAAACCCCUCCCAUCUUCAAAAGCUGGACCUGAGCUACAACGAUCUGUCGGACGAGGGGGUCGAGAUCCUCUCGAAAGGACUGGCCAGCUCACACUGCAUCUUAAAAGUCCUCAAGUUGUCACAGUGCAAAAUCACGGAAAAAGGAUAUGUUGCAUUGGCUGAGGCUCUCAAGUUAAACCCUUCCUAUCUUCAAAAGCUGGACGUGACCGAUAACGAUCUGUCGGACAAUGGAGUCAAAACUCUCUUGAAGGGACUUGCCAGCCCACACUGCAUCUUACAAGUGCUUGAGCUGUCAUGGGGCAGGAUCACAGAGAAAGGAUGUGUUUUACUGGCCCAGGAUGUCAAGUCAAACCCUUCCCAUCUUCAAAAGUUGGUCCUGUUUUCCAAUGACUCUGGAAAAGCAGGGAAAAGGGUCUUAAAGGACGCCCAAAGGGAUCCCAGCCAUAAAGUCUUCUCUACCUGCUAUACGCCUGAAGGACAUUUGACUCCUGGCAUGAAGCUAGAACACACGUACCCGGAACUGUCCGACAACCUCAAGACAGUGUCAGCAGUACGGGCAAAGCUCACUGAAUCUACGGAGAUUUACCCUCCGGCGUCAGGUUCAUUGCAGCGACGUCUGGAAGGUAGAGUUCAAGGGGAAGGUCUACGUCGCUGCGACACAAACUGCUGA